UUCUUUUUUUUUUUUUUUAAAAGACCACAACACUCAUAUACGCUUUUGGUUCUGUAUUUGUAACUCUGUAUGCGUUUGAAUGGGAGAUGUCCAAUUACAAUUAGAGUGUAAAAUCUCCAAGUGAGUAAGCCAGUAAGUUUCGUGGCAGUGCGGCUCGGACGCCCAAAUUUAGACCAGUUGGAAUUACAACUACUUCCUACUCCUGCCUGGAAAAUCGGUUAUCUGGCGUCAAUAGGACGGAGCCUGUUUCUAUAGGCCACGCAGCGGACUUGCACAAAGAGCACAAAGUGUGUAUGGAGCAGUGUGAGAAUGCCGCGUCUCUCCUGGCGUCCGUGCGCGAGCAGGAGAUGCAGUUUGAGCGUCUGACUCGAGCUCUCGAGGAGGAGAGGAGGAGCGUGGGGCCAUCCGGCACCCUGCCCCGCCCCCUCCCCACGCUGCAGAACGGGCGUAUCCCUGGUGAUGCAGAGUUAGAGCGGCUCAAAAUAAACGAGGGAUACAUCAACGGGACACAGUACAGGAUGUUGGACCCAGGUCACCUUGUUGAGGAGACAGUCACAGUGGAGGAGGAACCCCAGGAGACCACACCAGUCAUUUCUGUUGAAACUAGUGAAGAUGGCACCACACGCCGCACUGAAACCACAGUCAAGAAAGUCACUAAGACCACAACCACUCGCACGGUUAUCCCCUCAGUCUCUGACACACUCUCUCUCGAUGGCACUGGUUCUGUCACCGGUAUGAGUGGUUAUAAUGCCCCUAUAGACCGCGUGUACAGGCCUCCAGGACACAUGGACUACCCAACAGCUACAGUCCCUCGAAAUUACCACUAUGGGCCACCAGGGGGUUACGAUGACUACCGUAGUGGCCCGCCCUCUGAAGCCUAUGCCAGCCUCAACCGAGGGGCCCGCAUGGACGAUCGCUACAGACCUGUGGAUGGCUACCGAACAUUGGACUCGGGCUACCGUGUCCACAGCAGGCCCCAACUGGACCCAUAUGCUGCCCAGCCACAGGUAGGGCGCAUGGGCAGCGCAUUGGAGAUCUCUGGCCUGCAGCGAUUUGUUCCAGAGCCCUACGGCCUGGAGGACGACCAGAGGAGUCUGGGAUACGAUGAGCCUGAUUAUGGUAUGGGGCCCCCUAUACACUACAGCACCAUGCCCCGGCUAGGACAUCAUGCUCCGCCUCCACGCAGGACUGGAUCCUAUGAGGGUACUCUGGAUGGGGAUAUGAGUGGAGCAGGUGAUAUGUAUUAUUGGGGAGGCGGUGCUCCUCUGGCUCAGGGAGAAAGGGGAAGCAUGGCUUCCCUGGACAGCACACUGCGUAAAGGCCCUGCCCCAACCACAUGGAGGCAGCCCGAGCUGCCUGAGGUCAUUGCUAUGCUCAACUAUCGUCUGGACCCAGUCAAGAGCAAUGCGGCUGCUUAUCUUCAACAUCUCACGUUUAAAAAUGAUAAGGUCAAAUCAGAGGUAAGGCGCCUGAAGGGCAUUCCUGCUCUGGUGUCCAUGUUGGACAACCCAAAGAAGGAGGUGCAUCACUCCGCCUGUGGAGCUCUAAAGAACAUCUCAUAUGGACGAGACCCUGACAACAAAAUUGCCAUCAAGAACUGUGAUGGAAUCCCUGCUCUGGUGCGCCUGCUGAGGAAGACCAGAGAUCAGGAUCUGACGGAUACCAUUACAGGGACUCUGUGGAACCUGUCAUCUCACGACUCAGUGAAGAUGGAGAUUGUGGACCAUGCGCUCCAUGCGCUGUCUGAUGAAGUGAUGGUGCCACACUCAGGCUGGGAGAGAGGGAAUGAUGGAGGAGAGGAGAGCUGCAAGCCCCGCCAUCUGGAAUGGGAGACGGCUCUCACCAACACUGCUGGCUGCCUGAGGAAUGUGAGCUCAGAGAGGAGUGAGGCCAGGAGGAAAUUAAGAGAAUGCUCUGGCUUGGUUGACUCGCUCAUGUACAUCGUCCAAUCCCAGAUUAACUGUAAAGAUGUGGACAACAAGUUGGUGGAGAACAGUGUUUGUCUUUUGAGGAAUCUAUCCUAUCAGGUGCAUCGGGAAGUGCCAGGUUGUGAGCGCUACCAGGAGACCGCACCUGUCAAUCAAGGCCCUGCCCCUGCCAAUCACAAGGGUGGCUGCUUCAGCUCCCGCAAGGGCAAAGACGAGUGGUUUUCCAAAGGGAAGAAAGAUGAUGAUGGAACCACAGACACAAUCGACAUUCCAAAGAGGACCACACCAGCCAAAGGUUAUGAACUGCUUUUCCAGCCAGAGGUGGUUCGCGUGUACACAUCACUCCUGAAGGAGAGCAAGAAUCCUUCUGUUCUAGAGGCUUCUGCAGGAGCCAUCCAAAACCUGUGUGCAGGCCGCUGGACCUAUGGACGUUAUAUCAGGGCAGUUACGAGACAGGAGAAAGGAUUGCCUAUGAUGACUGAGCUGUUGAGUCAUGGGAACGACCGUGUGGUCAGAGCCAUGUCUGGGGCCCUGAGAAACCUGGCUAUUGAUGCUCGCAACCGGGACCUUCUUGGAAAGCACGCUAUACCUAACCUGGUGGCGAACCUGCCGGGUGGUGGGCAGAGCCAGCCUGUGCGUAACCUCUCGGAAGAGACAGUGGUUUCGGUGCUCAGCACUCUGGCAGAGGUGGUUGGCUCCAGUGUGGAUGCAGCCAAGAUCCUGCGCAGCUCACAGGGCAUUGAGAGAUUGGUGCUGAUCAACAAGGAUGGUAACCGUUCCGAUAGGGAGGUACGUGGUGCUGGCCUGGUGCUGCAGAUUGUGUGGGGAUUUAAGGAGCUGCGGCGCACGCUGGAGAAAGACGGCUGGAAAAAAUCAGACUUUGUGGUCAACGUGAACCCUCCCAGCAACACCCGCACCAACGGCGGCUACGAGGACAGCAGCACCCUGCCACUCAUCGACAGAGGAGGAAAGCAGGAUAGAGACAGAAACCUGAUUCCACUGAAUGACUUGGGAUCAGACUCCUAUGCUACACUGGACCAGAGAGGACGGAGGAACACUUUGGAUGACACUCUAGAACCUGCAGAGAAUGAUAUUCAGGGAGGGAUGUAUGGGGAGAGGCGGGGCUCCAUGCCCUUGUUGGACUCUUACGACGGUUAGGCCACUCCCUCCCCUCACCCCACUCAGUGCAUGAGCGAGCAUGAAAAACUGAUAGUGUGCAUUACUCACGGCGAGCACCCUGUUCCUGCCUACUGUCCCUGCUGAACCUCGUCAUGAAGGGACCACAGCCACUAAUCAAUGACGCAAAGAAUCUCUUCCUCCAUCAUUAUCCCUUCUUUCUUUCUCUUACCUUCUGCUUCUUGAUCUGUCCCCUAAGAUCCAAAAGACUGACUGCCACUACUAGGCAAAGACUAUGUAGUCAUUUUUUUUCUUCUGGUACUUUAAAUCCAUGCCACUCAUUUUUUUAAACUGAGAAACACAAGAGACUGAAAAACACUACAGAACUGGAGUGUUUUUUUUUUUUUUGUUUUUUUUUUUUUAAUCUUUUAAUUUUUCUCACAUUAUUUUAUUCUUUAACACUACAUACUGUGCAUUGUGCCCUGAAAUGGGUGAGAUCGUUCAUGUUAUUUCUACAUUAUGAUCUGGUUUAAGUCCUCCUGCUACAUUGACAAUUUUUCUUAUUUGCUGACAACUUUAUUCAACAUGACGCUAUACAGUAAGUGUUCUUGCUACCACUAAGUUUAUGAUGUUAUUGUGUUGCCCCUUAAUGUCUUGAAACACUAAUGACCUUAUUAUAAAUCUUCCAUUUUUUUUUCUUUGGAGGUUAUGUAGCUGUAAGAUUGAUCUGCAUUUAUGUUUCCAUUUUUUCUGUGCUGAUGAAAAUUUAUGCCAAAUUACACCACUGUCUUGUGAGUUACAUUUAAAAACAAAAACUUAGUAUAUACAUGAUAUUAAAUCACCUUAUAGAAGAUUUUGGGAAGAGAAUAGGGGUCAUUUUGUAAUGAAAACAUUUCCUCUUACAAUUAAGUUACCACUCUGCUAUCUUUUGCAAACCCCCCCCCCCCCCCUUUUUUUUGGGGGGGGGUCAUAAUAACACAUUGACACUGAGGAUGUAGAGGUGUGAAGUAGAUAUUACUGAGAGGCAAAAGGUUGAGGGAUAAUGCUUGUGGGAAGAGAAACCUGUGUUCCAGUUUUUGGUUGUCUAUAUUGAGCAUCCAUUAAGAGAAUGGAAAGGCAUUUUUUUAAUUUUAUUUUAGAGUAGCUCAGAUAAUGUCAAAGUGGGUUAUUUGGGACAUGACCACUUGGUUCCUAAUUCUCCCCUUAGGCAGAGUUAACAGCAGAGCUGGUCCUAUAUUCAGAGCUGGAGCACUGUGGAUUAAUGUUGAGCCCUUCUGGAAAAAACAGCAUGAAUAAGAACAGCUGAUCCACUCUUUGGGCCAGUUCUUGCUUUCUGUUUCCUCUUUGAAUAUAGACAGAUGUGUAAAUAUGAUGGCAUAUAACAAAUCCACCAUUCUUAAUCAGAGUGCCUCACUCUUUGAUCAGCCCCUGGGGCUUUUGUGUGUGUGAGAGAGUGAGUGACUGUGAGAAUGUGUGUCUGAGUGUGGCUAUAAGAAGAGUGUGUGAGGUUUAAAGAAUUUGGCCUCCAGUGCCUGUUUGUGUUGCAUUGGGAGUGAAUGAUGGAACAUUGAGGGUGCGUUGGCUUUACAUGAUGAGCAAAGUGCUCCUUCUAUAGACUGCGUAUUCGAUAUGCACAGUGUCUGAUGUAGAUAUUUGCUAAAUGGAUACUCUAGCACUAGGAGUUAAGUGUUUUUUGUUUUGUUUUUUUGUUUUGAACUUUUUUUUAACCCCUUCCCUUCAAGGGGAUUUUCCCCAAACUGAUUUUUUAAACCCAUCUUUUCCACCUAUGUGAGACACUACAGUUGAGUAUAAUUAUGUGACUAAUUAAACAAAAGCAUAGCUUUUAAGCAGGUAUCCAGCAGCAGGCCAGCAGGCCACCCAGUGGGCGUUUUUGAUUUUGAGGGAAGUGAAAGACUUUGUAAAAUCUUGACACAAUUUCAUCUAUUACAAGAAAAAUUGAGGGAGAGCUCAGAUUUUGAUUCUAGCUUGAUAUUUAGAUAAAGAAAAAAAUUAAAGCACAUUUAACUAUAUAUACCAGAGAAUAUUUGUUAAUUUUAAUUAUUUGUUUCCUCUCAGUUUUGUCGUUGUUUCUUUUUUUUUUUAUAUUUUAUGAUUGGGAUAGUUUGUUUUUUGGGAGUUAUUGUGGGUGAAUGCAUAUGCAAUCAAUUUUAUUUUUAAUUCAGUGCAUUUACAGUUUAUACCUUAAUUAAAAACAAAAGGAAAAAAUUGUUCGUGUCAUGUAUUGUUGUGCUACACUUUAUAUGCAACAAAAUGGAAUCAUUCUCUUAAUUUCAUCUAUCUGCCUUGGCUCUUAAAUAUCGCACCUUUGUUUCAUGGAUUAAACGUGUAACGUAGCAAUACCGUUUUUAAUAAAAGAAUGAUUUUUUUUUUCAAA